AUGGACAUCCAGCUCGCCGCAACCAGCGCCGCCAUCACCGCCGCAGCCGACCGGCACUUCCAGGAAGCCUCUCUCUCUGGACACCACCAAGAGUACACUGACAGGGUGUGCAGACGGGGCAGGUUCCUCGUCGGCAUCGCCGGCCGGCCGGGCUCGGGAAAGACGACCGUCGCACGCGCCCUGUGUGUGCUCAUCAACCGCCACUACCGCGCCUCCGAGCCCGCUGCGGAAGACGCCGACGUGGCGGUCGUCGUCGGCUUGGACGGAUGGUCCGCCCCGCCCCGCUCACUCUCUGUCCACAGCCCAGACUCAUCCGGCCCGUCCGUCGCCUCCAGCCGUGCGGUCCUCGACCGCUUCGACGACCCCGCGGAGGCGCAUCGGCGCCGGGGCGCCGCAUGGACCUUUGACGCCGCGGGCUACCGGGCCUUUGUCGAGCGGCUGCUUCGCGAGGAGGGCGAGCUCGCAGCGCCGACGUUCUCGCACACGACCAAGGACCCCGUCGCCGGCGGACUGUCCGUGCUCCCGCGCCACAAGAUCGUGCUCCUCGAAGGCCUGUACACGCUCCUCGAGCACGGCGCCCACUGGGCCGCCGCCGCCCGCCUCGUCCAUCUGCCCAUCCUGGUCGCCGUGGGCCCGGAGACCGCCCAGCUGCGCUUGGUCCGUCGCCACCUCCGCGCCGGGAUCGUCGCCGACCCGCGCCAAGCCAUCCACCGCGUCGCCGCUAACGACCUCCCUAACGGCGAGUACCUGCUCGCAAACUCCCGCCAACCCGCCCUGCUCAUCACAAGCAUCGACGACCCCGCACUGGCCGCCCCGGACGAGGCCCCCUAG